AUGGAAGUGCAGAAAGAGGCACAACGCAUCAUGACCCUGUCGGUGUGGAAGAUGUACCACUCGCGUAUGCAACGCGGUGGCCUGCGACUGCACCGGAGUCUGCAGCUGUCGCUGGUCAUGCGUAGCGCCCGAGAGCUCUACCUCUCGGCCAAAGUGGAGGCCCAGGAGCCCGAGAUGCCCUUCCCAGCCGGCCGGUCCCCUGACCCUCGACUACACCCUUCUCGGGAAACGGAAGCCGCAGCACCAACAGCGCCCGCUGACAGUGGGCCGCCCUCCCCCGAGCCCAUGGACACCCAGGAGGCUCCACGAGCCGAGGAGACUCUGACCCGCUGUAACCCGCAACCCGCCAAAGCCAGCCGCAAGCGGCGCAGCAGCAGCCUGAGCGAUAGCGGAGACGCCGGACUGGUCCCGAGCAAGAAAGCCCGCCUGGAAGAACAGGAGGCGGAGGAGACCCCGUCGGAGGUCCCCAAUCGCCUCCAGCCCCCGCCGGCGCAAGCGGAGGGCGCCUUCCCCAAUCUGGCGCGCGUCCUGCAGAGGCGCUUCUCCGGCAUUCUGAACUGUAACCCUGCCGCGUCCCCGACGGCGCCGCCCGCGUGCGAGGCGAAGCCGGCCUGCCGCCCGGCGGACAACAUGCUAAACGUGCUGGUGCGGGCCGUGGUGGCCUUCUGA